UCAUCAAGAAAAGUCGUACAUGGAGUAGUUUGGAAACAACUCUAUAAGAUUUCAUAAAAACUCUGUGUUCUUCAUAUAGAAGUCAAGAUUUACAAAUGUCGAUACAAAGUGAUCCUCUAAAGUUUAGAAGAACCGAAAAUGAUUCAAUACACGAUGAAAAAAUUAAUUCUUUAGCACCACAUCCCAAAAAAUGGGAUAUAGUUUGGAGGGAGGUGAUCAUAUUUACCAUCUUCCAUAUUACAGCUAUCCGUGGUUUAUAUUUAUUUAUCACUGUGGCUAAGUGGCAGACUUGUAUCUUUGCAUUUGUGUUGUAUAUCGCCACGACGACCAGCGUAACUGUUGGUGCUCAUAGACUGUGGUCACAUAAAGCAUUCCAAGCUAAGCUGCCUCUGCAAAUCAUCCUGUUGUUCUUUUUCACCAUGGCAUUUCAGUAUUCAGCCGUGAUAUGGGCGCGCCUUCACCGUAUGCACCACAAAUACUUAGACACGGAUGCAGACCCUCAUAAUGCUGGUCGAGGUUUCUUCUUCUCUCACAUUGGCUGGAUGCUAAUCAAAAAGCAUCCAGAGUACAGAGCACAUAAGGUUGACAUUAGCGAUCUAAUGCGAGAUCCGUUACUUCGGUUCCAGCACAAACACUACUGGGAAGUUCUAUUCAUUAUAUGCUUCCUAAUACCGACAUACAUACCCACUCUAUGGGGAGAACAAGCGAGCACAGCUUUCUAUACUUGCGUGUGUUUACGCUACAUAUGCGCACUCCAUGCGAUCUGGCUAGUCAACUCAGCAGCUCAUAUGUGGGGCACAAAGCCUUAUGACAAAAACAUUCGACCUGUAGAAACUAAGGUAGUAUCGUUACUAGCUGCUGGAGAAGGAUUUCACAACUACCAUCAUACUUUCCCAUGGGACUACAGAAUUGCGGAGUUUGGAGGUUACUCCUUAAACACGGGCAGGUUGUUCAUUGACAUCAUGGCGAAAAUUGGAUGGGCGUACAAUCUGAAAUCGGUACCAGAUGAAUUGAUUCGGAAACGGGUGAAGAGAACUGGUGACGGCACACACCCAAUUUGGGGCUGGGAUGACCCAGACUUACCACUGGAAGAAAGACGAAUGUCGAUAAUAAAGUGACAAAAUACAUAACAAAUUAUUUUUUUUAUUCAAUAACAA